AUGACAAAAUCUUUAACGGCUGCAACUCCAGAGAUCAUGUCGUCCAAACUCAAGAUUUUAGUCCCUGUCAAGAGAGUAAUUGAUUUUGCUAUCAAACCCAGAAUAAACAAAGCCCAAACAGGUGUUGAAACUAAAGGGGUUAAGUUUUCCAUGAACCCUUUCUGUGACAUUGCAUUAGAAGAGUCUUUAAGAAUAAAAGAAGCCAACAAGGGAUUGGUUGAAAAGAUUCACGCAGUUUCUAUUGGACCUACCAAGGCUCAAGAUAUUUUGCGGACCGCACUAGCUAAGGGUGUUGACACUACAACUUUAGUUGAUGUAGGUGAAGAAGAAGUGGAACCAUUACAAGUAGCUAAGAUCUUGAAGAAGGUUGUUGAGAAGGAAGACAGUAACAUUGUUAUUUUGGGUAAACAAGCCAUUGAUGACGACGCUAACCAAACAGGUCAGAUGCUUGCUGGUUUGUUGAAUUGGCCACAAGCAACCAAUGCUUCUAAAGUUGAAUUUUCAGGUGAUGAUGUCAUUAUAACAAGAGAAGUUGAUGGUGGUGCUGACACAUUAAAAGCCAAGUUACCAGUUGUGAUCACCACUGACUUAAGAUUGAAUGAACCCAGAUAUGCUUCCUUACCUAACAUCAUGAAGGCCAAGAAGAAGCCAUUGGAGAAAUUAAAGCCUGCCGACUUGGGCAUAGAAUUGGCAAAGAAAUUGGAAACCUUAAAGGUGGAAGAACCACCAGUUAGAGAGCCUGGUGUAGUCGUAGCAAGUGUUGAUGAGUUGGUUAGUAAAUUGAAGGAAUUCAAGGCCAUAUAA